AUGGUCGUCACAAUUGAUUUCAGCCUUCGAAUUGACGGCGAGGCAGUCCGAUGGACUCGAGUGAGAAAAGAGUGGGGGGUCCCAUCUUCUUCUACUGCAAUCAGCAAUCAGGAAAUCGUCCAAGUCACUAUUAUGGAUAUCGACAAUCCACCACCACCACAGGAUCUUGACUCAGUUGAUCCCGCCCAGUCAUUGCGCGCAGCCGCUUUGCUUUCAAGAAAGCGCCGUAAAGUGGCUGUUGAACAACCGCCGGUACUGCCUCAACGCCCUGCGGUCGAGCAGACUCUGCACUUAGAUUACGGUCAAGAAGAUACUGCUACAUCCUCAGCGCUUUCUGUAAAUUUUCCCGGGACAGAAAUAAGGACUCCAUCGACAUCAGGGGAGGUUCCUAAUCCGAUACCAGAAAUUGAAGAUGGUCAGAUCCGAGAGGAAGGUGAAAUCAGCGAUACCGAAGAAGCCGCCCCGCCGCCAAGGCCUACGUCCCCGCCUCCAAAAUUUCGGAGGCUCGAAACUUCCUCGAAGGACACCGUCGCUUCCAAACUUGUUCCUACCUCUCCAGUCGAGUCAAAUAUCAGACACAGGCCUUCACCUCGCCUCGAUUCUCCUUUCACGUCAAAACCUGCCUUCGAAUCAGAAAUCUACCAGUCGCCACCACCAAAUCUCCUGCAACCAUUUAUUCUCGAAACUUCCACGUAUAGACUUGACCCAGAUCAUGUCAGGCCAGGGCUGGCCAUGUCAGAGGAUCAGUAUAAUACCGCAAAAGACAUUGUCUUGGAUCUGCUCGGUUGGGGUGUUCCCCCCGAGUACCUCAUCGACUGUGGCCUUAGCCGUCACGUCGUGUUCUACGUUUUCACUGAACUUAAUUUGCGGAUGCCCACAAAUUUGGAUACAAAUGGUCUCAUUCCAUACCCUACGCCUGAAAUGCUGUCCUCCAUUCCCGCUUCACCUUCGCAAUCAAUUCACUCCUCCUCUUCGGCGAUGCCCCCACCGCCGACAAUCCCUUCUCACAAAGAGUUGACUAGCCCGGCUGCUUCUGAUCACUCACGUGGCAGACUCGCUACUCGUCUUGGCCUCCGUAUAUCGUCAGGGGGUGAGCCCACUGUCGUGAAGGUGGAGCCCACAUCCCCAUCAGCAGCUGACUCGUCAUCUUCUCUCCACAUGAUCGAACAGCAACGACGACAAGAGUUACUUGCUCGAAAAGCUGUUUUCGCUUCUCGCAAGGCCAAGCAGUCCGAUUCCCCUGGCGGUUCAUCUUCGAGAGACAGGGACGUUGAAAUGUCCUAUGUUGCUCCAACUGAGACUGUUGAAGAUUUUUUAAAGAGCAUUCCUGCCGUGGACAGCGAAACUGCGGAAAAUGGUAGUAAUUCUCCAUCCUUGCGCCCGGCGCGGUACUCCAGCCCUGAACACAUGGAAGUUGAUCAGGCGUUCCUAGGUCUUGUUACUCCGCAAUCGGCCUCUUCUGCGGAACCAUCUGCUUUCUAUUCAGCUGAUUCAGAAAUGUCUGGAGCAGGCGGUACUAUUUCGCCGGUGACUGAUGCCCCUCCUUUGUCCGGCAGUUCCACUGCACCAUCCUCUGAUACGUAUUCUGGCGCAUCUUCAUCCACCGCGCCGGCUGAUUACUCUAAUUCUACCACUCCAAUACUCGCAUCUGCUACUCCAGACCAUGACACCAAUGGCCUACAACGAAGGGGUACCAAGCGACCAGUCGCUGCAGACUUUGUUGACUUUGACCACGGUCCUGGUACUUCCAGAGCUUCUUCUGGCAAUGGUUAUUCGAGUAAUGGCUACACGCAUCCUAAUCUACUUCGACGGAACACAGGGAGUUUUGCGGGAGUGAGUGGCAUGCGACGAUGUGUCAUCGAACUCAGCGAUAGCGAGGAUGAUGGAGAUGGCGAAGGGACUGGUGGUACCGGUCCACACGACUGGUCUAUCAUCAUACUCGCCGAUGGUCUUCGCGCGUCCCCCACUUUCGCUAAUGGCGAAGGGCGUUCGACUCCCCUAAAUCUACAUCUAACCAACUCCAACGCUUCGGGUAUGUCGCCUGCUGCUCUCGUUGAGAAAGAGGAGGAGAUCAAAAAGAUGCGCCAAAUGAUUGCUCAGCGAGAAGAGCUUCGGCAGAAAAAACUUGCCGCUAUGUCGGGGAAAGGAACGCCGGCGAUCCAACCUACAUCCGCAGGGCCUGUUACAGCCGAUCUUGCUGUACCUUCUUCGAGCACCGCCAUGGUUAGGUCGGAAGGUGAUUCUGGAGCGCCAAUCAACCAGGAGGACACCGCCACACCCCUUCAUAAUGGCUACAUUGGGGGUGCGCAAUUGUCUGAAGCUGCUGAAGAUGCUGUUAUAGCAGAUACGCAAGAUCACACUGAACCGACGACAGCUGUCCAAGAAAGCAACGAUAUUCGUGUGGUCAUUUCCGCUGAGGAAGCUGCUCCUGGUGGCACCAGCAGCGAAAUAACCUCAAUCAAGCACACCAUGGGUUCUUCCUGGUUCUUCACCAGGGGUGUAGGAUUCGAGCCAAUCACUAAUGAUGGCACCGUCGACGAAGACCAAGCACUGACAGAGGAAGCACGUUCCGAAAAAUGGGCAAGGACCUUUCUCUCUCUUCAUUCGACUGAAUCUGUAAGCGCAACGUUUCAUGAAACUGCUGGCGUGUUUGAUGGCCUACCGUCGUCAAAGGUCCCGAAGAAGGAAUCGCAAGAUUCUCAAACGAGCUUUCCGUAUUAUGAUUCGCCAUUCUCGACCUACCCUCUACUUCUCUCCCAAUUACGUGCAACGCCUUUUGAUGACGCCGAUUCUUGUCAAGAUCCUCGGCGAACUGCCACUCAUUCAUCCAGAUCAUCAUCGCGAGCCAGUGCGAGCUAUGCACCUAAUUUAUCAUCACCCUCAUCACGCGCUUCGCUUAUCUACUGUGCACCAUCAUUAUCUCAUUCAUGUUCGACUGUUUUUGUUCCAGAUCUCAAGCCUUUGAAGCUUGCAAGCUUGCAGCGCGCCCUUGGACAAGUCAGUGCUAGCGACUCGGGUGUUCGGGUAUGUCAGUACGAAGUGCCUGGUGGGGGUGUUUGUCGCGACAAAGACUGUAACGAUCUGCAUCUGAGCCGACUCGUGAGCGAGCCGAGUGACGCAGACGUAGCGGCGUACGUGCACGGAGUAUUGCCGCAACCUUGGCGUAAUCGGUGCGACGUACGAGCUAUCGAAAUUGCCCUUGAACGGGUUCGGCUCGGUAGCAGCGCCAGAAAUAUUGACGAGCGUGUCAGAAGCGCGCUAUCAGGACUUGGCAUUCCGGUCGUUCCAUCAACAACGUCGUGACACGUUCCAACCAUCAGUAUGUGACCGACAAUGCGGGCCGACUUCGACAGAUGAUGAAGACCAUGAAAACUUCAAGAGACCAUUGUCCAAGAUGAUUCGAAUGUCAAAAUUGUACAGGGCAAAGGACAAGAGCGCUUAGCGCCACAGGGGCAUGGGCACCUGAAGUACUUGGAUGAGGCUUGGACUUGUUUGAUAAUUUGUAUUGAGGAUUAUAUUAUAAUCAAAGUAUUUGGUUGUCACGUC